GUUGAUGAGUUAAAAACGUUCUUGAGAAAGGAGAAGACAACGGUUUCCCAUGCCAGAGGAAUACUUGUUGGAUGUGCUGAGGCUGGAAAAACAACGUUGCUGAAGAGAUUAAGAGGGAAACACCAGAAUAUCGGUGAAGUUACAGAGUCUACCAGGGGGCUGGAAGUCCAUCAACAUCUUUUCAUUGUUAAAGAUGGAAAGUUAGAAGUGGCUGAUGAUGACUCACCAUUGAAGUCAUUUAUCAGGAUAAACGCUGCAGAUUUGAAACCAGACCCGGGCAGUGAAACUGACAUCUCCGACACAAAUGAACAAGAAGACAAUUUGGAGCAAGGAAGUACUGAUAAAAACUCUGAAGUAGUUUAUAGCCGAGAAGAAAAGAAAGAAGAGAACGUUGAGAGGUCCAUUUCUCCAGCUGAAGGCAAAGAACAGAAUACAGUUGAGACAAUGGCCAGUGUUCUCUCCUCAGAAGCACAAGAAAUGUUGAAGGAUGAAAUUUUCCAAAAAAUCUUGUCUGAAAAAGAAAAAUUCCCAACUGUAAGCUUGCUGGAUUUUGCUGGGCAGUUAGCAUAUUAUGCUUGUCACCAAAUUUACGUAACACCAAAGGCCUUCUUUAUUCUUGUGCUGGACAUGACUAAGAAGUUUGAAGAUGUUGUGGAUAAAGAGAAAGAUAACCAAGAAGGAUCAAUCUUUUCCGUUUGGACUUACAGAGAUUACUUGAAGUUUUGGAUAACCUCAAUCAAGACAUUUGGAGGCAAAAAGGCACCACUGUUUCUUGUUGCCACACACACAGAAACAAAAUCUACAGAUGAAAUAGAGAGGUUCUUUGGGGAGUUCUGGAAUGCUGUUCCAGACGAGGACAGAGAUUGGUUAAGUGAGUCUCUGAAUGAUCGGGAAUAUGCAGUGGGUCUAAAGGAACUUAAUGAUAACACUAAAGCAAUGCUAGAGUCAAUGAAAAACUCCAUAGUGGAAUUAUUUACGGAUGAGAAUACUACAAAAAUUGAAUUGCCUUCUUCAUGGGCUCUAAUGGAGCAGUUAUUGUAUGAAGGAGGCUGGAAGGUUUUGUCUCUGAGUGAAAUCUCGAAGCUCAACUCAUCUCUUCCUCAUGAAUACCAAAUCAAAAAUAAUGAAGAAAUGACCAAAUUUUUAAAAUGUUUCCAUGAUAAUGGUCUUCUUUUGAAUUUCGGAGAAGCAGAAUUGAGGGAACAUGUUAUACUAGAUAUUCAGUGGCUUGCUAAUGCUUUCAGCAAGGUAAUUGCUGAUGAAAACCAUAUCAAUAAAGAUUGUAAAAGGAAAUUAAUUAAAGAGUGGAAAUCCUUCAACAAAACGGGGGAACUUAAAGAUAAACUGAUAAAUGCACUGUGGAAAGAUGAACCCUCUUUCUCUCAACAUAAAAAUAAAAUUAUGCCAUACAUGGAGAAACUUCAAAUGCUGGUACCUUUGAAUGUACUUGAGGCUGUAUCAGAAGGUGGCAUGUCAUGGUAUGUCCCAUGUAUGAACAAAAAGCAGUUUAAAGCUGACUUGUUUCAUAAUAAAUGGGAAUGCUCAUCCAUUUUGUGCUAUCGAUUUACUUCUUUUGCCAUGUUUGUGUUCUACAGACUGGUAGCAUACUGCAUAAGUCUUCUAAAAUGGACUGUUGCAAAAGAUGAAGACAAUGAAGGAAGUCUAUGUCUUUAUCAAACAGCAGCAGUGUUUGAUCACAAUGAACACACUGUUGUUGUUGGCAUAUGCAAUGAUGAUAUUCAGUUGCAAGUGCUUAGAAUCAAAGACUUGCCUGUAGACAAAGAAGUAUCAAAUGAAAUUGGAGAUUCCGUUGAAAAAGCAAUAAAAAAAAUGACUGAAACAUUUAUUGACACAAAAACAUUCCACAGAGGAUACAAAUGUCAGAGGAUUAUUUGUAAUGAGAAAGAUCGUUCUUUCACACUUGCAAGUGAGCUCUCCAAAAUUAAGGCUGAGAAAACGCAGUGCAAGUGUCAACUUCAGGAGAAACAUAUGAUAGAUGUACAGACGACAUUGAGUUUUUGGGAAAAGGCAAAAAUGAGCAUUCCUAAAACUCCAGUGGCCUCUGGUGGACAUGACCUUGAGGGACAAUCGAGAUUCGCAAAACUUGGAAUGGCAACAAAUGAUGUGUUAAAUCAGGCAUAUAGAGAUAUACUGGAGAUGGAAGUGCCUCCAUCCGAUAUUGAAAAGAAAGCUAAAGCAUCACAAGUACACAAAAGAUUGCGCACAGAGCAAGAACAUCUCUUGAUAGAUGCUAAGCAUUCAGGAUAUAAAAACUUUGACAUUUCAUUAACAUACACGUUAAUCCGAAACAUUUGUUCAAAGAUCCCUAAACCAACAAAAGGAAAAUGGGGAGAAGAGCCUGCAGCAGGAGAGUUAACAGUGGGUGAUGAUAUCGAAAGAAUAAGGUCCAUCCGAAACAGUUUGACUGCACAUGUGAGCUCAGCCUCCACAUCUCAGACAGAAUUCACUAACACUUGGUCGAUGAUGUCGGAUAUCUGCCAAAGACUGGAAACCUUCACUGGAAAAAAGUACUUGGAUAGCCUCAAAGACAUUCAUAAACUGGCUCUAAAAGAGGAAGGGGAAGAUGCAAUAAAGGCUAUCAUAGAAAAGUUUGCCAAAGAUCAACACGAACAACAUGAACUGUUGAAGACAGUCGUGUCAGAUGUUCAAGAAUUAAAGUCUCAAAUGAUGACAUUAAAACGAAAUUGAAGACUAAAGGCAGCCUUUUAGAAAUACAAUGUAAUAAUACAUACUCGUAGAACGUUUGCAGGACUACUAAAUAAUGAAUUCUGUAAUACUUGGUUGAAGAAAUCGAAAAUUGGCAAUGCACUCGCAAGUUUCAUUGGUGAAAAACCUCUGGAUAAGCUUUAUAUUAUUAUCAUAAACUGAAAAUGAGGAUCUCAAUAUUUCAUUUACAUACAACUUGUUAAGAAACAUUUGUUCAAAGAUCCCUUAGCCAAGAAAAGACAGGUGGGGAAGAGAAGCAGGCAGCAGGAGAGAGAUGAUAGUGGGUGAUGAUAUCGAGAGAGUUAAUACGAAAUAAGUUGACUGCAUACAUGAGUUCAGCCUCAACCUCUCAGACAGAAUUCAAUAACAAAGUGGUCAACAAUGUUUGAUAUCUGCAAAAGAUUGGAAACCUUCACUGGGAAAAGGAUACGUGGUUAACCUUAAAAGCAUUUUUAAACUCAAUUUAAAAGAUGAAAAUGCUAUUUCAGCUAUUAAAGAAAAGUUAGUAAGGAACAACAUGAUAUGUUGAAAAAAGUUAUUUCAACUAUGCAAAAAUAAAUGUCAGGUAUGCAAGAAGUUACCAGACGUGAAGAAUUUAAAGUAAAAUUCAUGCUGACAGACAGUGCUGCCCAAAUCAAUUUUUUAUGAAUCCAACAUAUGCAGAGUGACUUCAACUUUAAACAGUUGGAAACCAGCCUUAAGGGUGAAGCAAUAUAGCAAUCAUGAUUUUUAUCCAUGAUAAAUCACAACUUUAGAAAGUGGUAGAGACCACGUGAGAGGAGAUGGGCGAGCAGUACGUGCAAUCAUUUAAAAUAUACUCCCACUUAACAGCCUUCAGAAUCGCACACUAAGGUAUUUUUAGGAAACAACAGGAUUUUCUUGCCUUCUGACUUUACAUGACGAAGUUGGAUGGCUCCAAUUUCUAAAAUUGAUGCUUAAAUUUGUUCUAGAUGUGGAACUAACUGUUUGAUAAUGAUGGACAAGGACUGACUUACCAAAAACAUUCUUCUUUGAUUUCAAUAAUCAUAGAAAAUGAUGCUCAAAAAAUUAAAAAUAUGUGAAAAGCUUGACGUUUUUUAACGUGCUUCUUAUCCAGUUAUUACUAGAAAUGAAAUACACUGAAUGGAAGCUAUGUGGAUAUACCCAGAACAUGAAGAGAAAGAUAACCAGAAUGAAGAACAGAAUUAUUGCAGUUUAACUAAACAUGAAUUUGGCCUCCAUUUUUCAGACAGAAUUCAAUUUCAUCUGGUCAAUGAUGUUGGGUAUCUGCCAAGAUUAGAAACCUUCACUGGAAAAAAGUACCUGGAUAACCUAUAUGAUAUGUUUGAUAAGGAUGAACAAGGAUUGACUUACCAAAAAAGCAAUCCACUGGGAUUACAAUAAUCAUAGAACAUGGUGCUUAAAAAAUUAGAAAUAUGUAUGCAGCUAGACAUUUUAUGUGCUUCUUGUCCAACUAUUACUAGAUAUUAAAGAAAUUGAAUGGAAGCUUUGCAAAUAUACCCAGAAAAUAUGGAAGUAGGCGUACCAAAGUAAAGAACAGAUCUAUUUAACAAAUUUUAAUAUUUUUAAUGAAAAUAUGAGUUCGGUGUCCAACUCGCGGACAAAAUUCAAUGGCAGUGGGCCGUGCGCAUAUAUUACUUCUGAGUGUGCAGUUGCUAUUUUUAUGGAAUAUCGCCCGUAGUCAAGCAAUGUUACUGUGCUACGUUGGAGAUAAUGGCUUCAUUAAUUGGAUAAUAGAGCUUUAAAAAAUGUAUAGCAUUAAGGUAUACCUUUACUCAGAUGACUAAAAAUUCCACUGAUAAGAACGAAAAACCACCUAUUGCACAUUGUACACAUAUAUUUCUUGUGUUAAAAUUCAAUUUCAAAUAACUAGGUCAAUGACGUCGUUUUAAUGCUAGUUGCCCCUGAGUUUUUCUCAGGAAAUACCUAAAUUGUUCACACUACGACAACUUUUUUUCUUCACUCACAAAAUAUUACAAGCAACAAAACGUACUCUUUGAAUAAUAAAAUAUUAUAGAAAUUGUAACGCGUUGCUUCAUAUAAAGAAAGGAUUUGAGUUUGGGCAAAAAAAAGAUAAUUAUAACAGUUAGAAUUUCCUCUGUCAAACUUAUAACCCCCCCCCCCCCCAUUUUAAUCGAAUAUUUAUCAAAUCUGACUGAUAAGAACUCUAGAUUAUUUAAAGCCUCAUACAUGUAUAACCUUUGUUGCUGUUACUAACUCUCAUAGUAAUUGCAUUAUAUGGGGUCACUGAUCAAAUUAUUGAGAUAUGUUGCCUGGAAUUUUUUGAAUUUCUUUAUUUAAUAGCAUUCUAUUAUUUCAAAUAAUUUAUGACCUUUAAAAAAUUUAAAAUUUGCAAAAUGAUGUUUAAAAAAACUUGUAAUCAUUACAUUUUGAUUUAUAUUGCAAAAAAUUAAAGAUUAUGAUAAAAAUGAAAAUUUAAAAAUUUAGUCCGAAUUUCCUUUG